AUGGCUUUCCAGGGCCACGCACAAGAGUACGCCCGCGGGUACCAAUUGCAAGAGUUUCCCUCCGAAUCUACCGCCGACAAUGAUCCCACCCGGCCCGUCGGAGGUCCAUAUGACUAUGACCGCUUAGGAGACACGCACAUUCCCGUCUCUCCUGUUUCGGCACACAGUGCCGCAGACCACCCAUCCCCUCAGGGCCAUGACUUUCGCGCACCUCCAAUAGACUUUAGUCUUCCGUCAGCCCACACUUUUCACAACCAUCCACCCUAUCCACUCGCGACCGAGCCGGGAUCACAAGGGUUUAUACCCAACUAUCACGAGGAAAGUUGGGUUGCACGACAGCAACAAGCCAGGCCAAACGACGACCACGGCGGCCUGGCAAGAUCAAAAACCCGAAAGGUGAAGUUGGUACAAGGUACCGUUCUCAGCCUUGAGUACCCUGUUCCGAGUGCCAUCAAGAACGCGGCCGACGCAUGCUACACAACUGGUGCCGAAGGUCAGCUAGAAGAGUUUACCAAGUUACGGUACACGGCGGCUACCUGCGACCCAAACGACUUCACCAUCCGGAACGGAUACAGCCUGCGCCCUCGCAUGUAUAACCGACACACGGAGCUCAUGAUCGCAAUCACGUAUUACAACGAGGAUAAGGUUCUCCUUGCACGCACCCUCCAUGGAGUGAUGGAGAACAUCCGUGAUAUUGUAAAGAUCCGCAAGUCAGGGUUCUGGAGCCAUGGGGGCCCGGCUUGGCAAAAAAUCGUCGUUUGUCUCAUCUUUGACGGCAUCGACAAGGCUGACAAGGACGUUUUCGAUGUACUCGCUACCGUUGGCAUCUACCAGGAUGGUGUCGUUAAGAAAGAUGUCAAUGGCAAGGAAACGGUGGCUCAUAUCUUCGAGUACACCAGCCAGAUUUCUGUUACCCCCGACCAGCAACUUGUCCGCCCAACUCGGAAUGGCGACAACUCCGACAGCCUGGCACCUGUUCAGCUGAUGUUCUGCUUGAAACAGAAGAACAGCAAAAAAAUAAACUCCCACCGCUGGCUUUUCAAUGCGUUUGGUCGUCUGUUGAACUCAGAAGUUGUGAUACUGAUCGAUGCUGGCACCAAACCUGGACCUCGUUCCUUGUUAGCUCUGUGGGAAGCCUUCUACAACGACAAGGACCUCGGUGGUGCAUGUGGAGAGAUCCAUGCAAUGCUUGGGAACCGUGGCAAGAAACUCAUGAACCCUCUCGUCGCGAUCCAAAACUUCGAGUACAAAAUCUCCAACAUCCUCGACAAACCGCUCGAGAGCGCGUUCGGGUACGUCAGUGUUCUACCUGGGGCGUUUUCAGCUUACAGAUUCCGUGCCAUCAUGGGCCGACCGCUCGAGCGCUACUUCCACGGAGACCAUACACUCUCCAAGGUAUUAGGGAAGAAGGGUAUUGAGGGCAUGAAUAUCUUCAAGAAGAACAUGUUUCUCGCUGAAGAUCGCAUCCUGUGCUUUGAGUUGGUGGCCAAAGCCGGGCAGAAAUGGCACCUCUGUUACGUGAAGGCGGCCAAAGGAGAAACAGACGUCCCCGAAGGCGUAGCAGAGUUUCUCAGCCAAAGGCGAAGGUGGCUGAACGGCAGUUUUGCAGCCUCUCUCUACUCGCUGAUGCAUUUUGGUCGCGUCUAUAGCAGUGGCCACAAUGCCGUCCGGAUUUUCUUCCUGCAUAUCCAACUGCUGUACACCUUCGUCAAUGUUCUCUUCAGCUGGUUCUCCCUGGCUUCAUACUGGCUGACGACAGUUGUUAUCAUGGAUCUCGUGGGCACCCCCGAGCCUCUUCGGGACUAUAACGGGUGGCCUUUCGGCGACGUGGCAAGCCCGAUUGUCAACGUCUUGUUCAGGUACAUGUACCUACUCUUAAUUCUACUUCAGUUUCUCCUCGCCCUCGGCAAUCGCCCCAAGGCUUCGGAGCGCAGCUAUUUGGCAUCUUUUGUCGUCUUCGGUCUGGUACAAAGCUACGUCCUAAUCUUGACGACCUACCUAGUCUACCUCGCCCUGAGGGAGCCUCUCGACGACCAAAUAUCCUUUGCGUCCGGUAGCGCCAUCGUCAAUAGUUUCUUUGGGGGCAGCGACGGUGUCGCGGGUGUUAUCCUCAUCGCCCUCAUCACCAUCUACGGCCUGAAUUUCCUGGCAUCAUUCCUCUACCUGGACCCCUGGCACAUGUUCCAUUCCUUUCCGCAAUACCUCAUCCUCAUGUCAACAUACGUGAACAUCCUGAUGGUCUACGCCUUCAACAACUGGCACGAUGUAUCCUGGGGCACCAAGGGCUCCGACUCGGCAGACACCUUACCCUCAGCGCACAUCGUCAAGGGAGACAGCCAAGAAGAGGCAAUGGUUGAGGAGGUCGAGAAGGAACAAGCCGACAUCGAUACCAUGUUCGAGGCCACCGUCCGGCGGGCGCUGUCCCCGAUGCGGGAGGCGGCCGACGGGCCGGCCGAGAUGAAGAAUGUGGAGGAUUCGUACAAGUCGUUCCGGACCGGUUUGGUGGUGUCCUGGCUUAUCUCCAACGUCAUCUUGGUCGUCAUCGUCACGAGUGACGACUUUGCUCCGCUCGGGGUCCAAGAAGCUUCCACAAGCCGGACUCCAUUCUACUUCAAAGUGCUUCUCUACGUGACCGCCGCGCUUUCCAUCAUUCGUUUCAUCGGAUUCUUGUGGUUCUUGGGUCGGACUGGCAUUAUGUGCUGCUUCCGGAAGAAAUAG